AUGGCUAUCGAAUCUGAUAUCAGUUUUCUUGAGUUGGUGGCUCGAGGACAAUGCAUCCUCCCAGUGAAAAAUCGUAAGAGUUGUAUAAAUGCAACGGAUCAUCCGAGGAGAAGGGAGAUCAAAGAUGAGAGAGAGCGGAAAAGUAGAGCUCAAAGAAGAUUUGAAGGAAUGGGAGAGUCCGGAGAUAGACGAUUUCUAUCGGAGGAAAGUGGAGGCUCUUUACUAAUGGCGUCUGCGACUCUGAAAAGAAUUCUAGAGAAAGAGAGGAAGAAGAAGAAGACACCAGCAGGCGCGGCUGAGGAAGAGCAAGAUGAUGGCGAUAAAAAGUCUGCAAUAAGGGCCAAAUUAUAGUCUGAGGAUGAGAAUAAAUGAAUAAUUAGUGCGCCUUAAUAAUGUUUUACCCUUGUUUGUUUUCUUUAAUCAUCUCGCUCCAGACUCGUCGUCGUGUUUUCUUUACAAUAUGGAAAAUGGGUUAACUAAUUGUUUUAAAGAUUGUGUUUGUGCUUUUUGGUUUUGCUCUUGUGAUGAACGUAAUCUUUAUUACAUAAUCUACCUCAUAUGACCGG